CGUGGCGGGGCGGCCGCGUGGCUGCUGCUGCUGCUGCUGCUGCUGCUGCUGGCGGCGGCGGGGCAGGAUGGUGGGCGGCGUGGGCUGCCUGUGGGUGCUGCUGUCGUCGGGCCUGGUGGCCGCCUGCAGCUUCAGCCUCCUCUCGCCCGCCUGGAUCGUCAAGGAGCGCGGCGGCGGCGGUGGGGGGUCGCGGCGCGGGCCGGGCGAGGUGAGCUUCGGCUUGCUGUGGCACUGCGACGACGGCGGCCCGCAGCCCCCGCUCCGCCGCCGCCACGACGACUGCUACACCUUCGGCCGCUUCGGACACCUCCCCUCGGGCUCCUGGCAGACGAGUGCGGUGCUGUGUUCCGGGGGCUGUGCCCUCCUAGCCUUCAGCUCCUUGCUGGCUGUCAUCGUGAUCUUCCUUCCCAGCGGACCCUGCGAGAGACGGGUGUGUACCCUGGCGAGUUACAUUCAGAUGGCGGCGGUGUUGUUCAUGGGCUCCGGGCUUCUGGUCUACCCUUUCGGCCUCGGUUCUGCCGCCGUGCGGAGACACUGUGAAAAUUCAAGCCUCUACUAUGCAGGAGAUUGCCAGAUCGGCUGGUAAAUAUGCUGGCGACAGCUAGUCAUGCUGUCCGCCUUUCUGCCGCUAUAAAAAUAUGCACCAAAAGAGCACGCCUCUCCGACUCCGAUACCUACAAUUUUAUAGUAUUUGAUUUGUACUGAACAAGAGACCAGUUCGGUCUGCAACCGAAGGACGGCAAAAGGAUUAAAGCGCUUCCUUUUUUAGCCACGUCGCUAAAAAGAGAGAUUGAGUCAGACACUACCAAGACCCAAAGUGCACUGCAAAGUCUUCCGUACAGGUGACCUAUCCACCACUCUGGAUCUGCAUCGAGGUCUGAGCAGCUGUGGCGAAGGCUGCCGUGAUCGUCUAGAAUGGCUGAACACUUCAGAAAGCAACGGAGAAAUCUGUGUUUGUCCUCAAAAUAUCCGUCUACCUCCCAGUUUCUUUUUGCGUUUCAAGAUCUUUUGUAUAAGCCUCACCUCGCUUUUUUAUAUCUUAUUAAAUGUCAGGACUUUUUUGAUCCCAGUCGUUUGGAACCUGACAGGGCUAUUUUGUUAGAAUUUAUUUAGACAAGAAGUGGAGAGCUUGCGAAUCUACUUCAGUAGGGGCAAACUGUGCGCAAAAAAAGUUUGUCCUUUUGGUUCUGUUUUGUAAAUUGGUACAUACCGAUAAUGUGCCUGAAUAUUGAAAACUUACAGGCAGACCUCUUUGUAUGGUCAAAGCGUGACUCCCGCUCUACGAUCUAGCUCACCUUUGCCCAAAGAGGUCUGUCUGUUUCUAAAAAUACUGGGCCAAUAUUCAGGGGGGGCCAUUUCAGAUUUUAUCUGAACAUCUGCCCGACACCAAGUCAGAACAUCUUGGUCUGUCUAGCCCUAACUCGUCUGCUCUGAUGGGCAGCCGCUCUCCAGGGACUCAGGCAGAGAAAGGCCGCACGGCACCUGAGAUCUUUUUUCAGGAGAUGCCAGGAAUUGACUUGGAACCUUCUUUAUGCACAGAAUUACGACCUUUUAGUAGGAGGAGGACAGCAAUCUCCAAAAGCCCAUUGUUGUGUAUAUUCAAAGUUAAACUUUUUAAUUAGGUAUCAAGGACAUCUGUUGUGGUUAAAAUCUCAAUAUCCCAUAGCAACUACAUCAAAGAUAUGUACGCAUAUUUUGAAAUUAAGUAAAGGCCUGAGCUGUUAGGUUGGCCCAAGAUAGUCCUCGGAUGGGAGAUCCAAGGAAGAUCCGAGGAAGAUCCGAGGAAGUCCAAGCUUGCUACCAGAGGCAAGCAAUGGCAAACCACCUUCUCUUGUCUAGCCUAGCCUAAUCUUCUCAGAUCUCGGAAGGUAAAUGUGGUAGGCCCUGGUUAGUACUUGGAUGGGAGAUCAUCGAGGAAGUCCAGGGUUGUUACGAGGCAAGCAAUGGCAAAACCACUCUAAGAACAUAAGAACAAGCCAGCUGGAUCAGACCAGAGU